CCAAAAGGAGAGACCAGUGCUGCUCAGAUAGUCCUUCUCGCCAUGAAUUCAGCUGGUGGGAUCGCAUUUGUAUUGGCUUUCUUUCUCCACGGCACCAUAAGCCAAAGUAAAUUUUAUCAGAUUGACGUCAAUCCGAGUCUUUUCGACGACUACUCACGUGCCGCGCGUGCAGUGCGCGAGAUCUAUGAAUCCGAGUUGGCAUUUGCAUUAAGAUCACCAGCUGAGGCGAGAAGAUUCCUAUUUGGCUUCGAUGUCAUAGCUGAGAACAUGAAGGGUGGCAGCGUCUUCACGAAAUUCAUCGAUUUCACUGGUCAGCUCCAGACGGGAAUAUUCGGAGAACUUUUAAAAAGGUAUCGGCAAGUGUAUGAGCCUGGUAUGAUAUUCACCGUGCCCGACAGAACCUUUGAAGGCACGGAACCAAUCAGCGAUAAGAUCCAGCCGUGUUACAAGUUUGCCCCGCAAUGUGAUCCCUACGCCGUUUACAGGACAAUCGACGGCUCGUGUAAUAAUCUCCAGACGCCAAUUUGGGGAAAGUCCUUCGUAGAAUUCUUCCGGUUACUUCAGGCUGAAUACGGCGACGGUAAGUAA